AUGGUUGUAUCUCUUGUAAAGGCUAAUCCUGCUUUGGCACCUCUGUUCCUCUUUGCCGGUGCCGGCUGUGCUGCCGCUGUUGCCUAUCCCAUGUACCUUCUGCGAACACAUCCUGAGAUUCUCGUUGACCGCAAGAACAACCCCGCGCCAUGGAAUCGCGUGAAGCAGCAUGAGAACAUCAAGUUCAUCAACGUCAAGCCCGAAUUCUAUGAAGCCAGAAAGAACCUGGAUCGUCCCUCAUAUUAA